AUGCCCUCGUUCUCCAUGAAAAGAUCUCGUAGUCCUGAUUUCGUGGGAAUUUCGAAUUACAAACGACAGCGCCUCAUCGAAGAUUUGCAGAAUUUGAGUAUUUCUGAUAACGCCACUGGCUCUACAAGCUCUGCGACCAAAGUUGUUGCUGACAAUAAUUGGAUCGAUAACCAGCAGAUCUGGAAAGUUGUAAGCGGGCAGAAAGAUGCGAAUAAUGAUAUUUAUAGACCCAUCUGGGAGAGUAUAAGGGACAGCAAUCUUCAGGUUAUUAAAUGGUAUGACAGCGCUAGCUUGGUGUAUAGGAGCUGGCUUCUAUGGUAUCAUCAGAAACAAGCUGACGAAAUGGACAUGGAGAUUGAUGAGGAUGGCCAUACAACGACAUACCAGGAAAAUGAUGACUACGGGUAUGAGCCGAUGCUGUUAGAUACUUAA